AGUUAAUUAGUGACUGCACUUAGAGAAGGGUAACAAUUUCGUGAUGAAACUACUUCUCGUUAUACUUUUUGCAGUUUACCGCGAGAGUAAUGCAAAUUUUUUCAAAUCAGUGUCGGACAAAUUCGUUGGGUUUGGAAAUUGUAUCGUUGAAACAUUCAAAAAUCUAAGAGUAAAAAUACGAGGGUUGCUAUUUCCUGAAUGCAAAGUAAUUAAGAAAAUGAUCAGUGAGGACAGUAUUCGUUUUAUACCUACGGAGACAGACAAGUUUAUAGAUGAUGCUACACACAAGCCUGCAGUAAGUGAGCCAUUAUUACAAUUCAGAUCAGAAGCCACAAGGAUUGGACCAGUUCCCGUUCCUCAACUGGCCAUCUUGCAUGGUAGAAGAAUAGAAUCACACGUCGUUCUUACAAGAGAUGGUUAUUUCAUUACAAUACAUCGUUUGAAAACUUCGAACGAGAUCCCAACGAAUCGUACUGUAUUGCUUCACCAUGGACUCCUGGGUAGUUCAGCUGAUUGGAUGAUAUUGGGACCUAAGAAAUCGCUUGCACACCUGCUAUUGAAUGCUAGUUUUGACGUGUGGCUUGUUAAUGCUCGCGGAAACUACUACUCAAGAGAUCACUUGAGGGACAUUAAUUCGACAUACUGGAACUUCACAUGGUACGAAAUGGGCAAAUACGACCUGCCUGCUAUUGUGGACUAUGUCUUACAGGUAAUCAAUCCCAAUGAGCAGCUUACGUUCAUCGGACAUUCUAUGGGAGGUACAGCAUUCGUAACCAUGCUUACUUUGCAUCCAGAUUAUAAUGAUAAAUUCCGAAUGGCAAUCUUAUUGGCUCCCUUGGUAUUUAUGGCUAAUACGGAAGGUCCGCUACGUGUCCUGGGUGCAGUUGCGUUAGAUCCACCGGAGGAGUUAUUGGAUUUUUUGGGUGCUCAUGAAUUUUUGUCAGACAAAAAAGUUCCUGAGUGGAUGAUUAAGGAGUAUUGCAAUGAUUCAGAAAUACAGUGCUUAAAUCCCUCUAUGUUUUUCACUGCAAGUGUUAUAGAUACUGACAGAUGGGAUGAAGCAUUAAUCAGAAGUGUGUGGAACUAUUUUCCAGCAGGUGCAUCAACAAAUACUAUUCUGCACUAUGCUCAAAUGGUCAAAAGUGGAAAAUUUCAUGAAUUUAAGGACGAAAAUCAAGAGAUUUCGUUAAGUUAUGUGAAAGUUCCGAUAGUCUUAUUCAGUUCAAACAAUGAUAGAAUCGCUAAAGUGUCAGAUAUUUUACGACUUUAUUUUAAACUUUCUUGUCCCAUUGACCACAACAUAAUUCGCGACAAAGGCAUUUCUCACAUGGAUUUUGUGUGGAAUCCUUCUGCCGACGCCAUAGUGUAUUCAAAAAUAUUAGCCUAUAUUAAUGGCGAAAUUAGAUGUUACAAAUUUACGGCAACCAAUAUUAAUUUAAAAUAA